AUGGUUCAGAAGUUGAUUCAGAAGAAGCUGGAAAUAAUUCAGAAGUUGUUUCUGAGAAAGUUCCAGUGCACACUGGAAAAACUUAAAGAUAAACAAGCUGCAAAAAUGAAGAUUGAUGAAGCAGCAAAUAUGAAUGAAAGUGUAGAAGAAUCAGAUACACAAAAGAAGAAAUCACCACCUCACCUGGUUGAUGAUCCUGUUAUUUCGCCUCAAGAAGUGAUUGAUCAACGCGUUGAUCUUCUCAAGAUGUCUUUUGCUGAUUAUGAAAAGUUAUCUACGGCUCAAGAUGCGGCAAAGACUGCUGAAAAUGUUGAAGCUGGUGGAGAAAGUUUGAAAGAAACAUUUGUUGAAGGUGAGGUGCAUACGGAUUCGAGUGAAACAGAAAGUGACACUGAUCCUACGAAAAUAGCACCUACUUCUUACAUCAGUGGAAAGUUCAAGCUGAAGAAGUCUCCAAAGAAGAAGAAAGCUUCAGAUGAGGAAGAUGCUACUUAUGAGCCAACACCAGUAGAAAAAGAGAAACUGAAAAAGAAAGAAGAAGCACGUGAGAAAACUCCAGAUCAACCGCCAAAGACUACAGAAGAGCCAAGUUUUGCAUCAAAGAAACCGCCAACACCUCAAAGCUCAAGCCACUGUUUUCCAAAGGUUCCUUAUGAUCUUCCUUCUGAUUUUGGUGACAUGUUUAAUGAUGGCAAGAUCAAUGCGUUGACGAGGAAAGUUAGUUUAUUGUUGAAAGCCAAAGCUGAAGCUGAAGCAGAGCUCAAAGCUACAAAAGAAAAGCUUAAAGAUGUUGAAGAUGAAAACGUCGCUCUUAGGAAUGAAGUUGAAGAGCUGACAAAUGUAGUUGAAGAACUGGCAGAAAAGAUUAUGGAGAUUAAUGCUCAAUACAAAGAAAUGGAUAAUUCUCACAAAACAUUGACGGAAAUUGUUGGUGAUCUGCACACAUCUACUUCAACUUAUGACGAGAUAGAGAUCCAAAGAGUCGAGGCUCGGAGGAUAGAAAGAGAGAAAAGAAUUGCUGAAGAGGCUGCUGAAGCACUUAAAGAUAAAAGAAAGGGUCUUGUGAUUGAUACUGAAGAAAUUCUGGGGUCGACAAGUCAACCAGAACCAUCACAGGCAGAUGCAGAGAUGAAGGAUGCAGAGGUUGAAGCAGAUAUUGAGUUAAACCUUGCUAUUAUUCCUGUUGGAGAAGUAAAAGAUGUGGUUCAUAGUGAGUUUGAUAGUCUUAGAAGAAUCGAAGUCGAACGUCUUCGAUUGAAGGCGAAAAUGAAUAAGUACAAAGUUGAUGACGAUGAUGAAGAGUUGAAAGAAAUGUUUGGAGAUGAAGAUGAAGUAGAUGAUGACAAAGACGAUAAAGAUAACAAAGAUGAUAAAUAUGAAAAGGGUGAUGAUGAUGAUCAUAACGGUGCUACUGAGGAAGAGGGGGAGUUAGUCGAAAACUGGACUAGGGAGUCCAUGUUAGACAGGUUGGAUAUGGAAGAAGACAGAUUUAAGUUUGAUGUUGUGGAAGAGAUUCCACCAACUCCAGAACGGGAGUAUACUUUCAAGUUUGUGAACGAAGCUGAUAAUUUCAACAAUGUAAUCAUUGAGGAGGGAUCAGAUUCUGACGAAGACACUCCGUUUCAUUAUUCUGGUUUGGAUGAUGAUUUUCCUACCUUCAGUGAAUUGUUCCGAUCACAUAACGAAGAGGAAGUUAGGCGGAAAGUGGUUGAAAAGAUUGCUACCGAAGGUGUUCCUGAAACUGUGUCUAAAGAAGAUUUUUUAAAAGAGAGGAAGAGAUGGUUUAAGGUGAUGCCUAAGGAGAGAAAGUUCAAGAGACCGUUAGUUCUUCAUGAGACAUCUAGAUAA